AUGAGCAGUAAGAAAAAAACAAAGAAAUCUUCGAAGGUGCCUCAAGACAAAAUAUCUUCCGGUGAUCAAUCUCCUGGUCCGAUAAAUGGUCUUCCGAAUAAAAAGCAAAGUGAUGCUGCCCAUUUGAACGAGCCGAAGUUUCAAGAAUCUUUUAAUGAGAAUUCACCAUACGACGAAAAAGAGACACAAAAUACUGAUCCAAAAAAUGGUAAAAAACAAAAAAAUAAAAAGGGAUCUACAUCAAAAAAGCGUAAGAAACCAAAGAAAACUGGAUUUUUCGGCGGACUAUUUACGUUUAGGUCGUUUCUCAUCCUUUACGUACUUGGAGUGUUUUUCGUUUGUCAUGGCAAAACCCGCAAACAGUGUUCAUAUCCAGUCGAGCUUUUUUGCUACAAUGGUGUCUCCCAAUAUAUUCUUACACACGAUUGGUUCCAGAAAUAUAUUGAACCUGGAGUUCUCGAGAUUAAAGGUUAUUCUGCAGAUUAUGGAAAUCAAGCCUUUAGCACUUAUGAGAUUCAUGCAAAACCUCGUCUAAACCCUUACGUUGAAUCUGCUCAACCUUACAUACAAAAAGCUAAGGAAUUAUCUAUCGAAUAUGUAUAUAAUCCUGCUACCCAAGUAGCGAUAAAAGUUCAGGAAUUUUACAAUCAGAACGCGAAAGAUAGUGUGGAUGCAUUCUACGGGAAGGCCAGGAAAACAGUUACUCCAUAUCUAAAUAAAGCUCAGAAACAAAUCAAUCAUGCUUAUGAAAAACUGAUUAUCUAUAAUAAAAAGCAUAUUCAACCUUGGUUAAAUAAUAAGGUUAUACCUUUUGUGGUGGAAUCAAAAAAGAAUAUAAUUGUUCAAUACAACGAGAAAGUGGCUCCCGUUGUAGAUCAGUUAGUAAAAACUGCACACGACAAUUAUAAUAAACACAUUGUUCCCUUUUAUAAUACAAAUAUCAAACCUCAUGUCGAAUAUUGUUUUGAGGUCAUCGUGGAGCUUGUACAAGGCAAAGACGAAAGCAGAAAGAAAACAGACCUUAAGGCUAAAAAAGAAGCUGAACGCAAGGCUAGAGAACAAAAAGCUAAAGAGGAAGCUGAGCUUAAAGCUAAGGAGGAGGCUAAACGAAAAGCUAAAGAGGAAGCUGAACGCAAAGCUAAGGAGGAAGCUGAACGUAAAGCCAAAAAGGAAGCCGAACGCAAAGCUAAAGAGGAGGCUGAACGCAAAGCUAAAGAGGAGGCUGAACGCAAAGCUAAAGAGGAGGCUGAGCGCAAAGCUAAAGAGGAGGCUGAGCGCAAAGCUAAAGAGGAGGCUGAACGCAAAGCUAAAGAGGAAGCUGAACGUAAAGCUAAAGAGGAAGCUGAACGAAAGGUCAAAGAGGAAGCUGAACGUAAGGCCAAAGAGGAAGCUGAACGUAAGGCCAAAGAGGAGGCUGAACGUAAGGCCAAAGAAGAGGCUGAGCGUAAGGCUAAGGAAGAAGCAGAAAAGGCUGCAAUAGCCGCCGCUAUUAAGGCUGUUCGUGAUACUGCUGCUAUAGGCAUAUCUCGUGCCAGAGAAAACAUUAGUAUAGUUCUUAAGGACUAUGAGCUUAAAGCAAAAUCUGCAGUAAAGAAAACAUCAGACGACACUGAAGCUAAAAUAAUAUCUCUUAAAAAAUUAGGCACUGAUUAUCCUUCCAAGCUUACAAAAUUUGUUGACGAACUUGCAAAGGAUGCUGAGAAAAAUAUUACGGUCAAGAUUGAUAAAAUUUCAGAGUAUGCUAAAGAAACUAUAGAUACAGUUAAAACAAAUAUCAAAAAAGCUGAUGAAUCGUUUGAAGCUUUGAAUGAAAAAGUUAAUGAGCUGGAAAAAGAUUUUGUUUUAGUUAUGAACAGUAAUAUGAAUGGCAUCAAGACAAACGCACAUAGCAAAGCAGGAAAAAUAACUAUUGAUCAGAAAAUUUAUGAUGAAGUUGAUAGGGAUAUUAAUACCGCUUCCCAGAGCAUGAAUGCCGAGUUUAGCAGUUCAACAUUAAGAGUAAAGGAGGAGAUCAAAGGAGUCGAAACAAAAGUAACUUCCUUGAAAUCCACAGCAAGGAGUGUUGUUCAGGACAUUGUAAAUUCAACAAAAAUAGCAACACAAAUCUUAAAGCAACGUGACACUCCAGUAAUAUCUCAAAAUGACUCUUCAAAAGGAUCAGACAAAGUACCACAAUUUGUUGUUCAAACAUCAAAUGACCCUGUGUUGGAUAAAUUGAAGGCACAAUAUCGUUUACGUGAUCCAGUUUUACAAAAAUUGAAAGAUGAAUAUCAAAAAACCAACAAAAAUAAGCAAUCAGGAAAGAUUGCAAAAGACGGGUCUUAUUAG